AUGGAGCAUGGAAAUGUAGGAGAUAAAAUUUUCGACUUGAAUUCAAUCAGUCGAGAAAUGCUAGAGCUCGUGGAAGCUUUUUAUGAUAAAAUGAAAGAAACAACAAAUGCAAAUGCAUUAUAUUUAUAUGCUUUACAAAUAUUUAAAAUAUGUAAUAUCCAUAACGAGUUACCAAGAUUAGUUGUUUUUGGUCAGCAAUCAAUGGGGAAAACAACACUUUUAGAUUUUAUUAUGGGAGGUCCAAUGGGAUAUACAAGUUCUGAUACAGGAACUAAACAGCCUAUAGUUAUAAUAUUAAAACCUAGUGAAACAAAUAAAAUAGAAUGUUAUUUAAAUAAAAAAAAAGUAAACAUAGAUGACUUACACGAAAAAAUGAAAGCUAUUAUGCUUAAUUUAAGUGAAUCUAUUAUAUCUAAAGAGUUAGAAGUAGAAAUAUCUAUCCCCGGUGGUAUAUAUGCUACCUUUGUUGAUUUACCUGGUAUUAAAGAUGAUUCAAAAGCUGGUUCAGAAUUAACACGAAAAAUUGUUCGUAAUUAUGUUCAAAACUUUCCAAAUGAUAUUUAUAUAUUAGUAAAAAAAGCAUCUGAUGACCCUGCCAAUUGGCCUUAUCAUUUAAAAGAGUUCUUUAUGAAGCCAAAACCUUUAGGUCUCGGAUUACAAAACAAACAGUGCAUUGUUGUUGGGACAAGGGCUUUAGAAUUUUUAAAUAAUGAACUUAGUACUAUCAAAACAUUGACAGAAUUACAUGAUCGAGUAAAAAAGAGAGGUAUUACAGAUAAUAAUGAUAAUAUGCUAUCUUUAUAUUUAUUGGAACUGUUUUCGAUACCUAUUGAGCAAAAGGAGAAAAAUGAUUUUUUAACAAAUAGAAUAGCUAUGUAUUCUAAAAUAUUAAAUGGCAGAAAAAAUGUGUUGGAUUUAUUGUUAAACAAAUUUGAAAAUGAUUGUAGUGAUUCAAUAAAAAAAGAAUUGAUUGAUUGUUUUGAUGUUGAAAAAUUUAAACAAGAAGUAAACAGUAAAUUUAUGAAUAUAUUAAUACAACAAUUAAGAAAGGUUGAGGUAAAAAUAGAAAAAAAAAAAGCCAAAAUGGAAAUAUAUAUUAAAAAAUUAGAAGAAUUAUAUAACAAAGGUAAUAUUCUAAGUAUUAGAGAGCAAGUCAAAUUAUAUAUACGUGAACUUGUUAAUAUUAUAUCAAAUUUAUUAACAGGAAAUUAUCCAAUAUUAAAUUUACCAAAAAACGGAGGCGAUUUUUUAAAAAAAUAUGGUGGAACACUAAUGGAAAAUUUAAAAGACGGAAAUGAUUUGGCUAUUGAAUUAUAUGAAAAACAAGGUUUAUAUGAUGAAAAUUUUUUAACUUAUUUAAAUGAAUAUUUAAUAAAGAAAUCAAACGAAAAUGAAUAUAAUAAAUCAGUUAUUUCUGAUUUUAACAAUGGUAAUGAUUUGUUAAAUAAUUUAAACUCAAGUAUUGAUGAUAUAAAAAUUGGUAAUAAUAUAACUCCGAAUACUGUAAACACUAAUAGUAUGAUAGGAGGAAUAAAUAAUGGAAACAAUAUAGGAAAUCGUGCAAAUGCUAGUAAUAAUAUAUCGAAUAAUAGUCCAAAUAUAAAUAAUAUUAACAAUUUAAAUAGUAGCACAAAUAGUAAUACAAAUUUUAGCAACUCAGGAGGAAAUAAUAGUAUGGGAACUACUAAUAAUAACAUUAUAAAUAAUAGUGGAAUCGGAAAAAAUAAUAAUAGUAGUAGCAGUAAUAAUAAUUCGAAUAUUAACUCGUUAAAUAAACGACCUGAUAUGUAUGAUAGCUUUAAUGAUAGAGAUACAAAAAGAACAAAUGACAAACUAUUGAAAGUAGGACAAACUGUACGUUUUCUUUUAGCAAAAGAAGAAAGCAGUAUGUUUGGGAUUGUUCAAAAUAUCUCAAAUGAUGCUCGAAGUAAAAAUAUUUUAGUAAACUUUUUUUUCCGUAGUAAUAAUAUUGAAGAACAAAUACAAGUAAAAUCUGUUGAGAAGGAAAGAUUAAUAGUUAUAAAACCUGUAGAAACAUUAAAUAGCGAUUUAUUUUUUUUAAAUGGUUUACAAGUAUGGUAUAAAAUGACAAGAGAUGAUGGAUGGGUUGGUUUUGAUAAAGCAGAAAUCAUCAAAGUAUUUAAUAAUAAUAGUAAAAUUAAAGAUGUAUUAAUUAGAAAUUUGUCAAAAAAUAAUGAAGUUGUAUCAAUAAAAAUUAAUGAUUUAUAUGCCGAUUACACUGAUAAUAUGGAUGAAGAAGAUGAUCCAAUGGAAGAAAUAUAUGAUGAAGAUGAUGCCCUUAAAAGAAUUGCUGGACCACAUACUGAUUUGAAAAUAUUAAACCAAUUGGCUAUUACAUAUAUAUGCAAAUGGCUUAAAUAUAAUAUUGCUAAAAUAGAACCAGAAAAAAUAUUUUCAGAUGACGUAUUAUUACAAAUGAUGAGAAGUAUACACAAUAUUGUUGAUCAAAGUGAUUGGAAACCAUUAGUUGUCGAUUUAUUACAAGCCAACAUAAGUGGUAACAUUUUAUAUUUAACAAAAUUAGCUAGCUGUUCAGCAGCUGUAGCAUUAAAUAGAGUAUUUAAAGCUGGACUCGGAGAAAUUAAUAGAAAAAUUAAAAAUAAUUAUUUGGAUGAAAAUAUAUACCUAUUAAGUACAAACCCCAAAUUUCUUGAAGAAUUAAGUCAAGCACUACAUAAUUUUUGUAAAGAAAGAGCAGUUAUUUGUGCAAAUGAAAUGAAAGAAAUUGUUUUUGAACAAACAUAUGCAGUACAUUUUGAAAUUAUUGAAGAAAUAUUUGAGGGAUGUAAAUUAUUUGAAGAUAAUUUUCUUACACCUACAGGCGUUAAACCAAUAAUGUCAAUAAUCAACAAAAAUGUUAAACAAAAUUUAGCUUACAGAAAUCACCAAUUAUCAUUGUCAGAUGUUAAAAUUAAUAAAAAAUCAAGAUCUAAAGAAUUAAUGCAAGAAGAAGUCAAACUACAAUUCUGGGCAAUCAAAAUGUUAAUAUCUGUUCCGUUUGCCACCAAAAUUUAUGCACAUUUUUUGAACAACAUAGUUCCAAAAAAUAAGCAUCUCGCCAACGUUUUUGAUUAUUCAAUUGAUUGUGAAAGCAACCUAGAGAAAUAUAUCCAAAGCAAAUUGCUAAAUCGGGAAGUUAACGGAAUCCAAGUUCCAAUAGAUGAUAAAGAACUAUUAAGCCACUACAACAUUAUAGACAACCGAGAUAAUAUUUUAAGAAAACUUGAGAACCAAAAGAGACUCAUUCAAUACUUAACUAUUGUAUCUAAUUCUAUAAAACUUUUGAAAAAUAAUUUAUCAAAUGAAAGUACAUUGGAUUUUGUAACAAAAUUGGAUUUUGGCCAAGAAAAUAAAAAAAAUUGGCAUAGAUUAGAUUCAUAUGAAGACUGA